AUGGAACCAUGGAAUGAUACAGGACUUUCAGAAUUCUUCCUUCUGGGAUUCUUGGAGGACCCAGCACUGCAGCCCGUCAUAUUUGGGCUCUUCCUCUCCAUGUACCUGGUCACUGUGGCUGGGAACCUGCUCAUCAUCCUGGCCAUCCUCUCAGACCCCCACCUCCACACACCCAUGUACUUCUUCCUCUCCAACCUGUCCUUGGUGGACGUCUGCUUCACCUCCACCACUGUCCCCAAGAUGCUGGUGAACAUCGAGAUACAGAGCAGAGCCAUCAGCUAUACAGGCUGCAUCACCCAGAUGUACUUCUACUUGGUUUUUGCAGGUUUGGACAACUUUCUCCUGGCUGUGAUGGCCUAUGACAGGUUUGUGGCCAUCUGUCACCCCCUGCACUACAUGGUCAUCAUGAACCCCCGGCUCUGUGUGCAGCUGGUCCUGGUGUCCUGGGUCAUCAGUGUCCUGCAUGCCUUGUUACACAGUCUGAUGGUGUUGCAACUAACGUUCUGCACAGACUUGGAAAUCCACCACUUUUUCUGUGAACUGAAGCAGGUGACCCACACUGCCUGCUCUGAUACCUUUCCUAAUGAACUCAUUCUGUACUUUGCAUCUGUGCUGCUGGGUGGAGGUCCCCUGGCUGGGAUCCUUUACUCCUAUUCUAAAAUCAUUUCCUCCAUCUGUGCAAUCUCCUCAGCUCAAGGGAAGCAUAAAGCAUUCUCCACCUGUGCCUCUCACCUCUCUGUCAUCUCCUUAUUUUAUUGCACAGGAUUAGGUGUGUAUUUUAGCUCUGCUGUUACCCAAAACCGACACUCAACUGCCAUGGCCUCGGUGAUGUACACUGUGGUGACCCCCAUGCUGAACCCCUUCAUCUACAGUCUGAGGAAUACAGAAAUUAAGAGGGCUCUGAGACAUAUAUUGUUCUAA